AUGGAGCACUGUGAAGAGAAUGGCAUGUCCCCAACCAACACUGAGGAUAUUAGGAUCGAUUUGCUGCAAAGUCCACACAAGAAACCAAUAAAAGAGCCUCCUGAGCGGAUCUUCUGGACAAGGAAAAGCGAGUACCUCUUAUCCCUUAUAGGGUACACUAUUGGAUUAAGUAGCAUGUGGAGGUUUCCAUAUUUGUGUAUGAAAAAUGGCGGAGGGGCCUUCCUGAUACCUUUCACAAUUUUCAUGAUACUAUGCGGUUUUCCAUUAUAUUAUCUGGAGUUGGCGUUGGGUCAAUUUUCGGGGAAAAGUCCAAUGGUUGUGUGGAAUAUUUGCCCACUAUUCAAAGGUAUAGGCUUCACCAUGGUAACACUGUCGCUGAUAGUUACCUGGUACUACGGGACAGUGAUUGCCUGGGUGCUGUACUAUCUCGGCUAUACAUUUUCGUCUACUCUCCCUUGGUCCACAUGUGAUAAUGAAUGGAAUACAGCACAGUGCGUAGUUGUAAGACAUUCACAGCCGCUUGCACAAAACAUCUCUUCAUAUAGCAAUGACAGUAAUACCACAAGUAUGUAUGAGGGCAGGUUGUCAUCGCCUUCGAAUAUUACAACAGUAACAACUGCAGCAUCGGAGUUUUGGAGGUACAAGGUGCUGAAUAUGUCGAAUGGAAUAGAGAACUGGGGUUCUUUGCAAUGGCCGCUUGUUCUGGUACUGUUUUUGAGCACUGCUAUGUGUUUUCUCUGUAUAAUUAAAGGCGUCCGAUCCGUUGGAAAGGUAGUGUGGGUAACGGCCUUGAUGCCAUAUGUCCUGCUUACUGUAAUUUUGGUUCGAAGCGUCACACUAGAAGGUGCUGUUGACGGAAUAAUUUUUUACGUCAAACCUGAUUUUCAAAGGCUUCUUCAUUUUCAAGUUUGGUGUGACGCGGCUUUACAAGUGUUUUACUCGCUUGGACCAGCAUGGGGCGGGGUGCUUACAAUGGCUAGUUUUAGUAGGUUCCAGAACAGAUGCUUCAGUGACGCAGUUCUAUGUGUGUCCAUGGACCUGAUUACCGCAUUUUAUUGUGGGUUUGUUGUCUUCUCUAUUGUCGGUUUUCUAGCGCAUGAGUCAGGAAUGAGGGUUGACGAGGUUAUAGAGACAGGACCUGGUCUAGUGUUCCUUACCUAUCCGGAAGCCCUAACAAGACUCCCGCUUCCUCAGUUAUGGUGUUUCCUCUUCUUCCUCACGGUUUGCUUUGUUGGCGUUGAUAGUCAGUUUGGUAUGCUUGAGACUGUAGUUAGUGGAAUUGCCGAUAUGUUUCCUCACACUCUUGGUAAACGAAAGAUCCUCAUAGUGGGCUGUGCCUUCUUGUUUUACCUACUGAGUAGUUUGGUGUACGCGACACAGGCUGGAGUGUAUAUCUUCAUGUUCAUAGAUUGGUAUGCUUCCGCCUAUUGCAUUUUCUUGACGUCAUUUUUGGAAUGUGUGGUGAUUGGGUGGUGUUAUGGAGCUGAGCGCUUUAGUCGUGACAUCGAAGUUAUGACUGGGAUGCCAGUUCAUGUAGUCAUCCGUUGGUCCUGGUGCAUAUUUGUGCCAGUUGCUAUGUCUAUUGCGUUGGGAAUGGCCAUCACCAAUAUGACCAAUCCUGUAUAUGAGGGUUACAUUUAUCCAGACUAUAUAGGAUUGUUUGGUAAUAUUGUCGGAUUGUUGCCUAUCAUACCUAUCCCUGUCGUCAUGGCAAUAGAGAUACUGAAAGCGCGGGGACCGCUGACGCAGAGAAUCAAGCUUCUUUUAAGACCGAACGCUGACUGGCUCCCCAAUGACGAACAAGCCCGUGAAAGCUAUACUAUAUACAAGUACAGCAAUGCAAUCGGACGUAAUAUUCGUAUUGAUCUCCUUGCACUUUUAAUACUGAUAUUGGCGGUGACAACAAACACCAUACUGGCUACGGAUUCCUCUGAUGGCUGUGAUUCUGGCAAGUAUGCACUCAUCGUAUAUCAAAACUUUUUCAGACUCUUUGCAAAUCCACAGGAGAAUGCCAAACAACUUGCGAAGAAGACGAAGCAAUCAAUAACAGACGACGACGAAAUGCCGGACAAAAUUCAGGAUAUACAGUUUCAGUCACAGGAAGCACUGGAUGGGCUCCAUCAGUUACUUCAUCGAUACGAUGUAUAUUUCCCCCAACAGAAAGCUAUCCAUCAACCAGAGCAAGUAUGA